UCUCCCUUUUCGUUGGCAUAAACACACCGCGCCCAGACCGUCAUCAUGACUAACCAAGUUUAGGAGGCCCUAAUCAGCACUUGCUCCAUCCCCCGCGCUCGCUCACAAGAGAGAGAGCCCCAGCCAGAGCAGCUCAGAGUUAGAGGUGAGAAAGGAAGACCGAAGACUACGCCAUGGGGAGAGCUCCGUGCUGCGACAAGGCUACUGUGAAGAAGGGUCCGUGGUCGCCGGAGGAGGACGCCAAGCUCAAGUCCUACAUCGAGCAGAACGGCACCGGCGGUAACUGGAUAGCCCUGCCUCAGAAGAUAGGUCUGAAGAGGUGUGGCAAGAGCUGCCGCCUCCGGUGGCUCAACUACCUCCGGCCAAACAUCAAGCACGGUGGGUUCUCCGAGGAGGAAGACAGAAUAAUCCUUAGCCUCUACAUCAGCAUAGGCAGCAGGUGGUCGAUAAUAGCGGCGCAGCUGCCGGGGAGGACGGACAAUGACAUAAAGAACUACUGGAACACGAGGCUCAAGAAGAAGCUCUUCGGCAAGCAAUCGCGCAAGGAUCAGCGGCAGCAUCAGUUCAUGCGCCAGCAGGCGGCAGCGGCAAACGAUGGGAUGAUGAAGCAAGAAGCAGCAGCAACCGGGGAUGCAGCCGGAAGCAGUAGCAUGGCAGUGGCCAGCUACAACUGGCAUCAUCAAGCCAUGGCGGCCAUGCCGGUGCAACCAAUACCAGGUUCGAUAAUGGAAGGCCAUCGCCCAGGGGAUGAGGUAGAUGAGUCAAUUCGGAAGCUUCUUUAUAAGCUGGGAGGAGCAGGCCCUUUCACAGCACUGUCGGUUCCUCAGUGUGUUCCUCCAAUGUACGAGGGAAGUCCAGGUCUCAUGCCACCGCCGUCGUCAUGCCCGGCGGUGGACGCCGGAACCUCGCUUGAUGAAGGCGGUGUGCAGGGUUCCAGCGUGCUGCCGGCGCUGGAGCUGGACCAGGGCUUCCACUUCAACCAGGUUAAGCUGGAUGGCCUGGAAAGCUUCUUUGGCAUUGGUACUGAUCAGAGCAUGAGGUGGAGUGAGGUGAGCCCAUUGAUUUGCCCUAAUAACAAUGUGGCGGCUUCGACCUCCCAAGGGAUGCAACAGUACUGCCUUGCUGUUGAUGAGCCAGGAAACCUUGGGAUGAAGUAGCCACUGGUUUAUGUUUUCAUGUACAUGCAUGAUUGUGGUGUAAAUUUGUACUAGAAUUCAUUGGGAAUGGUGAAACAUGAUGAGAGUUUCUUUCAAUUAAAAGCAAAAUAAAGUUUUUCACCAUUCAUAGAUGAGAGAGAUGCCAGGGUGUCUUUCUUCGAGUUUCUUGAAAUGGAAAUUUCAACUACUCAGCCUAUUGCUUUAAGAAACAUUUGCAAUUUUGGCUUGUACGAACUGCAUUCUUCUGUUAAUUUAUCUGAUGAUGUUAAUACAGUA